UCAUUACAAAACGCGUAUGCCGAUAUCAUGGCAGACAUAUCGUCGUUAUCGCGCUGAAACUUCAAAGAAUUCAGCGGAGGACCAAGAGGUCACGGAACUGCCAAUCGGAGGAACCGUAACAGGAAUCGUCUCGGUGUUUAUAUCGUGGACUUUAUUUGCUCGGCGAGCCCUGUCUCAAAUUUCGACCCAGUAGUUUUCCUCCGUUUCCUCCGCAGCAGGCGAAUUGCAGCCUGCUGCGGUGUGCUGGAGCGAUGCCGAUGCCGCCGUCUAUGGGGUCUUUAGGGUCCAACAAGAAUUAGUCACUUUCACCCACUUCCCAUGUGCAGUUUGCCAUUAUAAAGUAGCAUUAUCAAGAUCCAAUUCAGCCAAAAAUGUGUUCGGAACAGACAAUUUGUCGGUCGAGUGAGUGUCGUGUGAGCACUUGAGCCAAUCACAAACGCCGGCUGCCCACCUGGAGGAAGUGCCUCGCUUGUGCGCCUCGCAGUCCGACAAAGCGUCCUUUUGGGGCGGAUGUGCUGCAAAAGCCCGGAAAGCAGAAGGGAGCCGAUUGCGGCUGCGAGAAGGCCAGCGCGACCAUGAGCGUCCCCCUUGACGCGCCGACGGCCAUCCAGCAAGCCCCCCCGACUCCCUUCUACAUCGAAGACAUCCUCGGGAGGACCGACGACACCCCCGCCAGCUCGUCGUCGUCCAUCCCGGCCAUCCCCGCGCCGACCUUCCCGUCGCCGAACUCCUCCUUCACGCACUUCGUGUCCCCGUACCGGACAGCCGUCUACGAACCGACGCCGAUCCACCCGCACCGCGCGGCCGCGGCCGCGGCCGCGUACGCCUGCGCCGGGGCCUUCGGGGGCCCCGCGUACCCCUUCCAGCACCCGCAGCCCCCGCGCCCGCUGGGGGACUACGCACAUGCCCUGCUGAGACACCACCCUCUCGCGAAUAUAUUUCUGCCUUGUCCCAAAGGGAAACCGAUGCUGUGGAGCCCCUUCAUCCAGCGGCCCUUGCACAAACGGAAAGGGGGCCAGGUCCGCUUCUCCAACGACCAAACCGUCGAACUGGAGAAGAAAUUCGAGACUCAGAAGUACCUCUCGCCUCCGGAGAGGAAAAGAUUGGCCAAGGUGUUGCAGCUGAGCGAGCGACAGGUGAAAACCUGGUUCCAAAAUCGACGGGCAAAGUGGCGGAGACUCAAACAGGUCGGUUGCGCCGCCGCCGCCGCCGCUCGCUUUGACGCGGCCGUGCCGUGCGGUCCUCAUCGGGAUGUUCCCUGUUUGAACGCGUCAGGAAAAGUCGGAGGACGACGUGACGGGGGGCGGCAAGGGCGGCAAGGGCGACAAGGGCGACAAGGGCGCCGCGACCUCCGAGCGAGCGGAGCCGCGGCAGUCGGAAUGGAGCCUUUCGGACGACGCCGACCCGGAGCUGGACAUUGAGGAUCGCGGCGACUUCGCGCUGAGCCGGCAGCUCUGAGCGCAAAAUGGAGAAAGCGCGGGAAAACACGUUUUGCCUUAUUAUCCCGUAAACGACUGACAUUCCGUGCAAAAUGCUUGCAAGUUAGAGCAGAAAAUUGGCAAAGACCCCAAAAGGUCCAUCGCUAGUUCUUGUUGUCUUUCCAGAACAGUGCCUUGCGAGUUUUUUCGAUAUAUUAUGCAGUUGGAAAGAGUGCUCCUGUACAUUCAUAGAUUACAAAUGUGUUUUGUAUGUCAUUUGAAGUGGACGUUUAUCCAAAGAAUCAAUGAAGGUCGAAUAAACUCUUCAUGUUGAAAA